UAACAUAAACUACUAAAAAAAUCUAGGCAAGGGUAUAUGGCAUGUCCGACGUACAAUAACAUUAAGUAUUUCAGUUCACAUGAGAGGUGGUAAUUUUGGAGUUGCGUUCAGACGUGGAAAUGAGUGCAAUAGGAUUAAGAUAAAAUAAAAGCAGAGGCAAGAGCACCGUGGCAAUCUCUGGUCCCAAGAGAGUCAUUAGCCCACCUGCUAAUGUAUCUUAUUGAGAAAGUAGAAAAAGGCAUGGGAAUAACGGAUGCAACAGCCAACCAUCAUUUUCAAUGCGUUUCUACAUCUGUACCGCAUAACAUUACAAUAAAAUUAAUGCAGUGCAGUGUCACCUUCUUGAGCAACCUCCUUUCUUUCUCUGUUCACACUUCACACACUCGAGAACAUUGCAUCUCAUUCCACUCUCUUUCAUACCACAAAACACCACUUUUUUCCCAUUGCAAUGGCCUUGGACUUAGCCUUCUCUCUUGUAAGUCAUUAUUCUUGUAUUCUAAUCGUGUAAGGGGAGUGGGUGAAUGGGUACGAUGAGGGAUCUUCUCUUGUUGUAUUGCUUGUUGCAUGCUGUUUCUGCACUGAACUCUGAAGGGGAGACUCUGCUUUCACUCUUGAGGAAGUGGACAUGGGUGCCUCCUUCCAUAAACUCCAGCUGGCAAUGGCAGCAUGCCUCUCCGUCUCCAUGCUCGUGGGCAGGAGUUCAAUGUGACCAUCAUGCCCAGCACGUCGUCUCUCUUAACCUUGCUGGCUUCGGGAUUGCCGGUCGCUUAGCACCUGAAAUCGGGAAUCUCACUCAGUUGCACCGUUUGGACCUUGCUGCAAACUCGCUCCACGGCCCAAUACCUGAUACCUUGAAAAACUUGCGCAACUUAAGGUACAUAAGCCUUGCUGAUAAUUUAUUCACAGGCCAUUUUCCAGCUUCCUUGACUCAACUCUCACAGCUACAAAUUGUUCACCUCUCUGACAACAAUCUAAACGGUUCCGUCCCCAUAAGUAUUGGGAACAUGACUCAGCUCAAGAUCCUGUAUCUUCAGGAUAACCAAUUAUCUGGGACAGUUCCCUCAUCCAUUGGCAACUGCAGCAAACUACAAGAGUUGUUUUUGAAUCGGAAUCUGUUGCAAGGUGUUCUGCCUCAGAGUCUAAACAACCUCCAUGAUCUUGCUUAUUUUGGUGCUGCCAGCAACAGCCUUACUGGUGCCAUUCCAUUUCCAGUGGGCUCUUGUAACAAUUUAGGGUUUCUGGAUCUAUCAUAUAAUGUGUUUAGUGGAGGCAUUCCCUCUGGCUUGGGGAACUGUAGUGGUUUAUCAAAAUUGGCUCUUGUCAACUGUAACUUAGUCGGAAGGAUUCCAUCCUCCUUUGGUUUACUGACCCAUCUUUCUUUUCUACAUCUUUCUAAUAACCGCUUAUCCGGAACAAUACCUUCCGAAAUGGGACACUGCAAGUCUUUGAUAGAGUUGCAACUGUAUUCCAAUCAACUGGAGGGAAAUAUCCCAAGUGAUCUUGGGAAUUUGAGUAAACUCAAGGACCUUGAGUUGUUUUCCAAUCGAUUAAGUGGCGAAAUUCCACUGAGCAUUUGGAAGAUUCAGGGUUUGCAGAAUGUCCAUGUGUAUAACAAUCACCUCUCUGGUGAGCUACCUUUGGAAAUGACAGAGCUCAAGCACCUGAAGAACAUCUCAUUGUUCAACAACCGCUUCUCUGGAGUCAUACCUCGAAACUUGGGAAUUAAUAGCAGUUUAGUCCAGCUGGACUUUACAAAUAAUAGGUUCACCGGCAACAUCCCACCAAAUCUCUGUUUUGGCAAGAAAUUGAGCUUGCUGACUCUAGGCAUCAAUCAACUUCAAGGUAGCAUGCCUCCUGGUUUGGGAAGUUGUACAACUCUUACGAGAAUGAUUCUCAAACAAAAUGCUCUCACUGGGCCUCUUCCUGAUUUCGAAAGCAAUCCAAAUCUCACAUAUAUGGAUAUCAGCAAUAACAGAAUUGAUGGAGCAAUUCCACCCAGUUUGGGAAACUGCAGAAAUCUCACCACCUUAAUUUUGUCUGCGAACAAAUUUUCGGGGCUUAUACCUCCGCAACUUGGAAAGCUUGUGAAUCUCCGAACCUUGGAUCUUGCUCACAACAACUUAGAAGGCUCUGUGCCAUCUCAGCUGUCAAAUUGUGCCAAAAUGGACAAGUUUGAUGUGGGAUUCAACUCCCUAAAUGGUUCAUUGUCAUCAAGGUUGCAGAGCUGGACAGGGCUAAGCACAUUGAUUUUGAGAGAGAAUCAUUUUAGUGGAGGCAUCCCAUCUUUCAUUUCAGAAUUUAAAAAGCUUUCUGAAUUGCAGCUUGGUGGUAAUAUGCUUGGAGGCAGAAUUCCUGGAUCUAUUGGAGCAUUGCAGAAUUUGAUCUAUGGGUUGAAUCUAAGUUCCAAUUGGCUGAUAGAUGGCAUUCCCGUGGAGAUUGGAAAACUGAAAAAAUUGCAAAUAUUGGAUCUAUCUCGGAACAAGUUGACAGGAAGCAUACAAGUUCUUGAUGAACUCGCCUCAUUAGUUGAAAUCAACAUUUCAUACAACUCUUUUCAUGGUCCUGUGCCGAAGAUGCUAGUGAAGUUGUUAAAUUCUUCAUUGCCAUCAUUUUUGGGCAAUCCUGGACUGUGUAUUAGUUGUUCAACGCGGGAUGGCCUGGCUUGCACUAAAAGCAAGUACCUGAAGCCAUGCGAUAACAAAUCACCUAAGCGGAAAGGCCUUAGUAAAGUUGAAAUAGUGUUGACAGCAAUUGGAUCAUCCAUUUUUGUCAUCUUAGCGCUUUAUGCGUUUGCUUUUGCUGGGAAGUCAAAGCAUGGAGUCAAUAAUAACAAUAUUAUCUGUGGAGAGGAGGGGUCUUCCUCCUUACUUAACAAAGUCAUGGAGGCUACAGACAACCUAAGUGAACGGUUUGUCAUUGGCAGAGGAGCCCAUGGAGUUGUCUACAAAGCCCUGGUGGGUCCCGACCAGGCUUUUGCAGUGAAGAAGUUGGGAUUUGGUACAAGCAGAUUUAAGAAGUUGAGCAUGGUGACAGAGAUCCAAACCCUCGGAAGAAUUAGGCAUCGAAAUCUGGUGAAAGUAGAAGACUUUUGGUUGAGAAAAGAUUUUGGGCUAAUCUUGUACAGGUACAUGCCAAAUGGGAGCCUCCAUGAUGUGUUGCAUGAAAAGAAUCCAAGGCCAGUUGUCUUAGAGUGGAGGGUGCGGUAUAAGAUAGCUGUUGGGGUUUCUCAUGGACUGGCUUAUCUCCAUUAUGAUUGUGAUCCUCCCAUAGUACACCGAGACAUCAAGCCAAAGAAUAUACUUCUGGACUCUGAUAUGGAGCCUCAUAUCGCUGACUUUGGCAUUGCCAAACUGUUGUCGGUAUUGACAGAGAAAUCGCCUUCAUCAUUGUCGUCGUCUCUCCCCCUUGGCACAAUUGGUUAUAUUGCACCAGAGAAUGCAUAUGCAACAACAGCUAGUAGGGAGUCAGACGUGUAUAGUUACGGGGUAGUCUUGCUUGAACUCCUAACCAGAAAGAAGGCAGCGGAUGAUGGUGAUUUGGUGGGUUGGGUUGGAUCCCUCUGGAGAGAAACAGCAGAAAUUGGCCAAAUUGUGGAUCCAGGGCUUGCACAAGAAUUCAUUGACACCCACAUAAUGGAGCAAGUUACCAAAGUGCUUAUGGUGGCUCUGAGAUGCACUGAGCAGGAUCCCCACAACAGACCCCCAAUGACACUUGUUACCAAGCUCUUAUCAGAUGCAAAUCCACCAACAACUAAUACUAAUCCUAAGGGCUAGUUUAUUUUCACUUUUCAAACAACUGCGUUGUAGUUGUGGUGAAACACAGGAAUUGGAGUAUGUUUGCGAUGGUGUAUAAGAAUUUAUUUAACCCAUCUCAUUCUUUUAUCAAACUGAUCGUGCAAACACUGAGCACGAUAUAUAUUGUAUCCAGCAGAUUAGUAUGGAACUAGAAAAUAUGAAAAAUUAGAGUAAUUCUUCCCAUAAAUUUAGUGGUUCUCUUUUUUGUUUGUUGGAUUGAUAACUUCACAUUCACAUACACAAGUAGACUAAAAUAUGUACGUUUCUACAAAUGGUGUAACACUAAUAAUGUAACAAGGGGGAUCCAAUGUUUGACAUCUGUCAGAAUCUAGUUGGCAACAUAUAGCAUCUAUGGAGGGCACUGAGAUGGGGUUGGCAGAGCACAACGCCAACAUUGAGGGGGAGGUCGAUAACAUGAACAUCUGGAAGGCCGUUACAGAGAAACCAGAGGACAAAACCUUACAGCCAAUAUUAAUAUAUUAUUAGGGAGACUCCGAGAGUUACUUGGCCACUUGGGAAUUUCACAAAUCACUAGUUCGCGGCUAUAAAGAAAAUGCCAAACUUGUACCCUUGUAUUGUAAUGUUUGAUAAAGAGAACGCCUAAGUUGUCACUUGCCUUGAGAU